AGCCAAUGAGCGCCACCCACCUCUCUCCGGUCUUCUGUUAGCGGCCGGUGACGUGGGGCGGGGCGGGAGACGAGCUACGGAGGCUGCAGGGGGCCGGUCUGCCCAGUCGUCUGGGAGCGGGCGGCCGGAGGGAAGAUGGUUUACAUCUCGAACGGACAAGUAUUGGACAGCCGGAAUCAGUCCCCAUGGAGAUUGUCUUUUAUAACAGAUUUCUUCUGGGGAAUAGCAGAAUUUGUGGUUUUUUUUUUCAAAACUCUGCUUCAGCAAGACGUGAAAAAAAGAAGAGGCUAUGGAAGCUCAUCUGAUUCCAGAUAUGAUGAUGGAAGAGGGCCACCAGGAAACCCUCCACGAAGAAGAAUGGGUCGAAUCAGUCAUCUUCAAGGCCCCAGCCCUCCUCCAAUGGCUGGUGGAUGAGGAAGGUAA